AAAAAAAAAACAGCUGUAAAGCUGGCAGGUGAACAGCUGUAAAGUGUGCGCCUUUUCUGGCUAAUCGGCAUUGACAGUCAGGUCAGACGGGAAUGGCGAUUGGACAUUUAAAGUUCAGAUAGAAACGAUAAAUAAAUUGUAGCUACCUGUAGUUAUUCAUCACAAUGCCGUAUUACCUGGGUGUCGAUGUGGGUACUGGAAGUGUCCGGUCAGCAUUGGUUAGUGGUCAAGGUCGGGUGGUCAGUAUCGCCACCAAAUCUAUCAAGAUCUGGUCACCACAGACUAACCACUACGAACAGUCUUCAAAGAAUGUGUGGUCAGCAGUAGUGGAAACGGUACAGAGGGCUUUGUCUGAGUCAGGGAUUGAUAAGGAAGAGAUCCAUGGUAUUGGGUUCGAUGCCACAUGUUCAUUGGUCGUCCUUGACAAAGACGGAGCUUCAGUGUCUGUCAAUAGCUCAGGUUCAACUGGGCAAGACAUCAUGAUGUGGAUGGAUCAUCGGGCAGAGGACCAAGCCAGGCGCAUCAAUGCCACAGACCAUGACGUGCUCAAGUAUGUAGGAGGCACUAUCUCCCUAGAAAUGCAGGCACCCAAACUUCUUUGGCUCAAAGAGAAUCUAUACAGUACCUGUUGGAGUAAAGCUUCCCACCUAUUUGACUUGCCUGACUUUCUAACAUGGAAAGCUACUGGAAGCUUGUCAAGGUCCCUGUGCUCUCUCAUCUGUAAGUGGAAUUACCAGGCUGGUGACCAUGGUAACAGUGGCUGGAGUGAGGACUUCUUUACACAAAUCUCUCUAGAGGAUCUGGUGGGCAAAGGUUACAGCAGGAUUGGUACUGAUGUGAAGCCCCCAGGAUCUCCCUGUGGGAAUGGUCUCUCUCAGCAUGCAGCACAGGAGAUGGGACUGGUGGAAGGUAUCCCUGUUGGAACCUCCAUGAUAGAUGCCCAUGCUGGUGCACUUGGAUGCAUGGGCUGUAUUCCAAGGUCAGAGGUCACAUACAAUCUUCCAGACAUCACCAGUAGGCUGGUCCUGGUUUGUGGAACUUCUACCUGCCAUAUGAUUGUGAAUGAGAAAGAAGUAUUUGUGCCGGGAGUGUGGGGUCCUUUCUACUCCUCUAUAUUACCGGGAUUAUGGUGUACAGAGGGAGGGCAGAGCAGCACAGGCAAGCUGAUUGACUUCAUUGUGCAGAGCCAUCCAGCCUAUCAGGAAGUGAAGACUGCAGCACAGGAAAGAAAUAUUCACGAACAUGAUGUUUUAAAUGAACUGCUGGAGAAGCAAGCCAAGCAGAAAAAUCUACAGUCUUUGAGUGAGCUGACAAGAGAUCUACAUAUUUGGCCAGAUUUCCAUGGCAACCGGUCCCCCUUGGCAGACCCAACAUUAAAAGGCAUGAUAUGUGGUUUGACCUUGAAUUGUGAUAUGAACGACCUUGCAGUUAAAUAUCUAGCCACUAUACAAGCUAUUGCAUAUGGAACCCAGCAUAUUAUCCAAGAGAUGAGAGGAAGGGGACUGGAUAUAAGUGUGAUCUACAUGUGUGGUGGACUUCGUAAAAACACUGUCUACCUCAAAACACAGGUGGAUGUCACAGGCUUACCCCUGAUUUUACCUGAUGAAGAGGAGUCUGUACUAGUUGGAGCAGCCAUGUUGGGAGCAUGUGCCUCAAAGGAUUUCCCCUCCUUACAGUCUGCCAUGGAAACUAUGGGAGGAAGGGGUACUAUUGUCUUACCUUCUGCGACUGAAAGCAGUUACCAUAAAAAGAAGUUCUGGGUGUUCUUGAAGAUGGUAGAUGACCAGCAGAAAUAUAACUCACUGAUGUCUUGAACUACUAUAUGUCCAAUUAGCAGGCUGAGAGUCCAUGCUUCCCAUAUCUGAUCAUACAGGUCUAAGAAAGGCAGACUGAUGCAAAAAAGUAGUCUUAAUGACUGUCUGUAAGGACAGAUAGUCUGAGGAGAAAACUGAAAUGACUGUCUUAUUCAAUGUGUGAUAGGGUAAGACCUUUUACUGAUUCAAGCUAAUUUUUUUAAUACAAAACAUAUUAUCAUUUUGAAGCUGUAUAAUGAAAAUUGAAAAUCGUUUUG